UGAUGAUAUCAAUAUGGUUGUAUAUUGCUCAGUUUCAUUUAUUAUUCAUCGAAAUUUGAAUGCAGUUAUUGUUACUUCUGAACUUAAUGUUAGUUAGAUAUUAACUUGUUAUGACAGGCAGUAGUGCAUUGCUUGACAAGUUGUCCUAUGGGGUGACUGGAUUAAUUUAAUGUUAAACAUUGUACAAUGAAUAUUUCUAAAUAAUAAAUACCUGCUUUAAGUAUAUGCGGACGGAAAACAUGUCAACAUAUUCUUUUUAAUGAAUGAAUGCUGUAUAGGAUGUGGUGGAAGCAAAUAUACCACAUCUUCUUAUUUUUGUUUUGAAGGUUUAUUUCCACUGAGAGAUGAAUUCAUGAGGAAUCAGAAUAAUUUAUAUAAAACACAGACAUACCAUGAGCAGUGACAAUAUGGUACUGAGUGCAGCAGGUCUCCUUGGAGGCAUACAGCUCCCAGAAUUCACCAUUCUCAACAUUAUCAGCUGGGGAUGUUCGGCAGCAAUGAUUUUUGGUGGAGUCGUUCCAUUUAUUCCACAAUACAGAGACAUUCAAAGAUCAGGGAAUGCAGAUGGAUUCUCUCCCUUUGUCUGUUUGACACUUUUAAUAGCAAACAUACUGAGGAUAAUGUUUUGGUUUGGCAAACAUUAUGAAUUACCACUUUUAGCACAGAGUAUAAUUAUGUUAUUUGCAAUGAUGGCUUUAGUUCAUCUUUGUGUUCACGUUCGGAGAAAAACAGAGAUUAUAGCUGCUAAGCAACAUAAAUUUACAGAUUUUACACACAAUGGAGACAUUCCACAUCAUGGAGUUGCUCCCCCUGAACACACAUUUUUUGAUUUUGAUUGGGAUUACUUUUGGAUGUGGACAGACUUUAGUAGUUAUGUAGAGUUUAUCUUUGCAUUUAUUGGUUUGUUUGGACUAAUAACAUACCUAUUGUUAUACAAUAUGUAUGUUGUUGAGACAAUAGGAUUUUUAGCAGUAUUUGCAGAGGCAAUGUUAGGAGCACCACAGUUUUAUAGAAAUUUUACAAAUAAAUCCACUCAGGGAAUGAGUAAGAAGAUGGUAGGAUUUUGGACAUGUGGAGAUGUUUUUAAGACUGGUUAUUUUAUAGUACGAGAAGCUCCACCACAGUUCUGGAUUUGUGGAAUGUUACAAGUGUCAAUAGAUAUAUCUAUAUUUAUACAAGUUUAUAUAUAUCGUAAUUUAUCUUCCAAAUCCAAGCUUUGAAUCAUAAUCUAGUCAAUUAUUUAUGUCAAAUCUAUGGGUGUCACAUUGCUAAAAAAAUGUGUUUUUAUAUUUUUGAAAAAUGUCAUGUAGAUCUUUGAUAGACUGUAUGUUGACCUUUAGAUGUCUUUUGGUUAGAUGUGUUUCUGGGUUGCUGUCUCAUUGAUGUAUACCUUUCUUCUUCUUUUCUUUUUAUCAUGUUUAUUGUUCAGAACAAAAUGGAAUAGAUAUGUAAAGGGAAGAUAUUGACAAUUUUUGUAAAUAAAGGGUGAGAUAAGCAUUAAAAAUUGGAAAUGAAGGGGAGAUAACAAAAAUAAUGGAAAUAAAAGGGAGUUAAUGAAUAAAAAUUAGGAAUGAAAAGGGAGGUAACAAAAACAGCAACAUUAUUUUACCAUUCAAUUCUAUCAAAAUAAGAUAUGUUGUUCUUAAUAUUGAAUCAUUUAUUGAAUAUCACAUAUAUAUAUUUGAAUCAAGAACACAAAUACCUGUUGGAUUUUUGAAGUUUCAUCAAUGUAAUGUACAGGUGUAGAUCAAUGUUUUUAUUAUUGGAAAUGCAAACUAGCUUUUUCUUAAGAUCUAAAUGGUCUUUAUAUAAGAAAUGAAUAUACUUGUAAUACAUGUAAUACAGCGACACAUACUAAAUUUGUAAAUUCAAUAGGGUUAUUGUAGUAAUUAUGAAUUACUAGUCGAAAUUGGUGUGCCAUAAUAGAAUAUUGAAUUUAUUAUAAUCUUUACAAAGGGAAAACUUCAAUUUAUUUUCAUUGCUAUUUUAAAGAAGAUUAAUUAGUGUUAUUCGUUUACAACAUUUGAAGUCUUUGUCUCAUACAAUAGCAUUUACUUGAAGUUGUUAUGUUUUUGUUUUUAUGUUAAAUUUUAUGUAUAUCAUGUAGAUGUAUUUUUAUAUCAAAUAGGUGUAAAUUACAUCUUCUGUCUUCAUCCAUGAAAGAUUUUGAAUGACGGCAAAUUUUAAUUAUUGUAUAUCCUUUGAUUUGCUUUUAAACCUAUGACUGUCAGAAAAUACUUUGGAUUCCUUAUUAUUUGUGAUUAUAGAUGUUCCAUAUCUGUUAUGGCUAAUGCAAAAUAAUAGCUUUCAAUAAUUUAGGAGAGUGGUCUUUCCCCAUUUGGCCUCUGUUUACAGUGGUGGAUCCAGAAUUUUUCAGAAGGAGGGCCCACUGACUGCCUAAGAGGGGGUCCACUCUAGUCAUGCUUCAGUGAUUCCCUAAUUAAUCAACCAAAUUUUUCCCACAAAAGCUGUAUGCAGGAUAUGUAAUUAUGUUUAAUGACAUCAUGGUGUAAAUAUUCAAAAUUAUCUCUAUUAAAAUGAAAUAUAGAAUAAAGAAACUAUCAGUAAUUAGGGGAAUGAGAUAAAGGUUCAUUUAGCUUUCAUUUCAUUCAAUUAAAACAUUGAUAUAUGAAUUGUUUGUAGGUUAGUUGACGGGUAAAUACUAUAUUUUUAUACGACUGCAAACAAAUUUUUCGUUCGUAUAUUGGUAUGACGUUGGCGUCGUCGUCGUCAUCGUUGUCCAAAGACGCAUUGGUUUUCGCACUCUAACUUUAGUUUAAGUGAAUGGAUCUCUAUGAAAUUUUACCAUAAGGUUCAAUACCACAAAAGGAAGGUUGGGAUUGAUUUUUGGGGGUUAUGGUACCAACAGUUAAGGAAUUAGAGGCCAAAAAGGGGCCAAAAAUAAUCAUUUUUGUAACUUCCAGACAUAACUUGUGUGUUAGUGUAUGGAUCUCUCUGACAUUGUACCACAAGGUUCCAUAUCACAAAGGGAAUGCUGGGAUUGAUUUUGGGGGUAAUUGCCUCCAAAUUUUAGGAAUUGAGGGCAAAAAAAGGGGCAGAAAACAAGCAUUUUUCUAGUUUCAUGACAAUAACUUGUGUGUAAGUGUAUGGAUCUUUCUGAAAUUGUACUUCAAGGUUCAAUAUCACAAAGGGAAAGCUUGAAGUGAGUUUGGGGGUAAUUGCCCAAAAUGUUUAGGAAUAAAGGGCCAAAAAGGGGCAAAAAAUAAGCAUUUUUCUAGUUUCCAGACAAUAACUUGUGUUCAAGUGUAUGGAUCUUUAUGAAAUUGUACUACAAGGUUCCAUAUCACAAAGGGAAAACUGGGUUUGAGUUUGGGGGUAAAUGCCCUAAACGUUUUGGAAUUUGGGGCCAAAAAGGGGCCAAAAAACAAGCAUUUUUCUAAUUUCCAGACAAUAACUUGUGUUCAAGUGUAUGGAUCUCUCUGAAAUUGUACUGCAAGGUACCAUACCACAAAGGGAAGGCUGGGAUUGAGUUUGGGGGUGAUGAAUCAUAAGGGGGUUCAAAAAAUUUUGGGUUUUUUUUUUUUCCUUAUUUUUCUUUUAAAUUUUCCAUUUUAAAUUGGUUAUUUCUGAUUUAUAUAUAAAAGCAAAUAAUAAUGAUAUGUUUUGAAUAGGUCAAUUAAAAAAUUUUAAGUUCUUAGACCACAUUCAUUCUGUGUCAGAAACCUAUGCUGUGUCAAAUAUUUAAUCACAAUCCAAAUUCAGUGCUGUAUCAAGCUUGAAUGUUGUGUCCAAACUUGCCCCAACUGUUCAGGGUUCGACCUCUGCAGUUGUAUCAAGCUGCACCCAGUGGAGCAUUUUAUUUUUGUUCAAUAGAGUUAAACCUCAUUAAUUUUUUUAUUGUCAGAUUGCUUUCUAAUUCAUGUUUAUGCAUUGUAUACAAACAUUCAUUGUUUGUUUGCUUUCUCCUUCAUAUACAUUUUGUUUGUAUUUGGCACAAAAGUGUUGUUUUAUGUUUGAUGGUGUUUCAAAAGAUUUAAAAAGAUUUAGUGAUUUGUACUGUCUUGUGUGUGUUAUUUAAUGCUGCACAAAUAUAGGGUAGUUGAUGUGUGUUGUGUUAACUUGGGUCUUGAGAACAUCCCCAAUACUUUAAAAAGAUAAAUGUAACAUUUAUUUUUAAAAAAACAUAAAUAUCCCGAAAUGUUGAAAUAUGUAACAUUUCCUUGCAAAUUCUUGGGAAUGCUUUGAAUUUGAAUUUAUUUUAUUUUAAUAAAUAUUGUGUAAAUGAUUUAAGAAGUAGACAUUUGAUCCAUUCAACUGUUUGUAGUAUGGAGAUUAAAUAUUAAUUAUUUUUUAUCUGUUAAUAUUGUUUUAUCUGUUAAAUGUUACUGUAUCAUUAAUGAUAUAUGUGUUGAAAUCCUUUAUAAAAUUAUGUUGCAUUUGUUUUUAUUACACUUGAAAAUUACAUAAAACCUGAUGUAUACAUUCUAGUGUUGCUAAUUUAAAAGUGCCUCAAUUUGAGUUUACAAAUUAUGCCUUGCUAUGACCCGGUCCAUUGUUUUCUUUUGAAUUUACUUGUUUAACUACAAAUUAUGCAAAAAUGUGUUUUCCACUGCGAUUCAUUCACCUUAUUGUAUAAAUAUAAAUAUUUGUUUGCAAUAUUUACAUUAUUGUAGAGUAUAACACUAGAGUCUUUUGAUUAUGCAUGACAGUGUUGAAAUUUGGAUAGAUUCACAAUUCAUAAUUUUGUCGUCCUGAAUAUACAUGAAAUAUUUGCCACUGGACGCCAAUAUAAUAUUGUAGCUAGGUUGUUUAUGUUUGCUUAAGAAUUAUAUUAGAAAUCAGCAUGUAGAAUUCAAACAAAUUGUAUAAAUCACAUUAAAUAAGCUUUUUAUUGGGAGAUGAUUAGGAUAUGAUUUGUAUAAAUAGAAAUUGUUAACUAUGAUUUGUUACCAGUACUUUAGGAAUUGAUUUUUUCCAACAGGGUAUUUUCUGAUACACCAGGCUGCUUUCAUAACUUAUGGUGACUUGAAUUCAUGUGACAUGUGUGAAUCAUAUAAAAAUUAUUGCCAUAUGUCAAGGUCUAAAUUUCCCGCAGUCUUAUAUGUAUAGAAUACUAUAAAUUAUCAGGUUUUCUACACAUUGAUAUCAUAAAAUAUCAGCUGCAAGCUAUAAUGUGAACAUAUUUGAUGAGUGAGCAUAGCGAAUGAGCAACAAAGCUUCACAUUAUGUCAAGUGGCUUAACUUUUACAAUAUCUUUACAUACAAAUCACUAUAAUCAGUUAAUUGUUAUAUGAAUGAUCCUUUUCCCCUCCCUUAAACAGUUUUAAGCUUGACGAAGGUAAGCUUGAUAAUGUCUCCUCACACAUUUUAUAAUUGCUGAUAACUUCUCCUCAGUCAUUGUGACAGUGCUAAUAAUGUCUGCUCACUUCCCAUAGCUGUGAUAUGAGAAUAACACAGUAAUCAGAGGUGUGAUAUAGGCAAAGGGAAGGCCGAUUAGUACUAUUAAGGGAAGGCCGAUUAGUACUAUUAAGGGAAGGACGAUUAGUACUAUUAAGGGAAGGCCGAUUAGUACUAUUAAGGGAAGGCCGAUUAGUACUAUUAAGGGAAGGCCAAUUAGUACUAUUAAGGGAAGGCCGAUUAGUACUAUUAAGGGAAGGCCGAUUAGUACUAUUAAGGGAAGGCCGAUUAGUACUAUUAAGGGAAGGCCAAUUAGUACUAUUAAGGGAAGGCCGAUUAGUACUAUUAAGGGAAGGCUGAUUAGUACUAUUAAGGGAAGGACGAUUAGUAUUAUUAAGGGAAGGCCAAUUAGUACUAUUAAGGGAAGGCCGAUUAGUACUAUUAAGGGAAGGACGAUUAGUACUAUUAAGGGGAGGCCAAUUAGAACUAUUAAGGGAAGGACGAUUAGUACUAUUAAGGGAAGGCCGAUUAGUACUAUUAAGGGAAGGACGAUUAGUACUAUUAUGAAUAAAUUCCAUAUGGACUAGGUCUGACAGUUAAUACACAACUCCAACACAAUGUUGCUCUAAAAACUAUAAAACACAAGUUUUACUACAAAACAUUUUGGAAAAAUAUAUCUCACUUAUAAGAUUCAUAUUUUUUUAAGAGAUGUUGAAACAAUCAUGUGCUAUAAUUUUUCAAUGUGUUUAUAUCUGAAAAAUUAAAAUACACCGCCUUUUCGCAGGUUACCUAUUUAUGCAUUUGAUUGAUAAUAUUCUGACAUGUUUUUGUUUGUGGCCAUUUUCCAGCAUGUACUUUGGGGUUAUGUAGAUAAAUAUAUUUUUUUUAAAUUAUGCCCUGUCCACUGGGCAUAAUUGGGACAGGGAGCUAAUAUUCUAAACCAUAAAUUUAAAACUGCAAAAUAUUGUGAGUGGAAGAGUUUUAACAUAGACAUCAAAGUUAUAUCCAUUUUGAUAUUUGAAACAACACUUUUCUCAUUUUACAAAUAGUAAUUUAAUGCUUUGAAAUCUGUUGAAUGGAUAAAAUGUUGCUUGCCGAUAUUUUUGUAUUCCUUAUAGUUCAUAGAUUAUUUUACACCAACAUGCAUUGAAUAUUGCAGCUGUGAUUGAGGGACCAACAAUGAAAAUAUAUGUUUUUAUUUUUAUGAAGCAAUGCUCUUAUCAUGUCAGAUUUGUUUAUACCAAAGUAAUAAAUUGUAUUAUACCUAUGAUAUGGGGAAAAUAAAGCAAUGUCUUUCA